GUAUGAUAAUCCCCUAGAACUGAUUGAAGAUAACGCUUUGUCUCAUAUGGCACAAAUUUCAAAUAUAUAUUUUAAGUGCGAAAACCUUUUGAUGAUCCCUCCAAUAUUAUCAAGAAACAGAAAUGCCUACUGUGUGAAAAAUACAACUAAAAUAAUAUUUGAGUUCAAUAUUGACAAUUUGAUGUACUUUGGUGGCAUGAUAUGUAAUAGAUCUAUAUGCACACCUUGUAAACAAGGACACUUUGGAACAAUUGAAGAAGAGAACGUGUGCUACGCAUGUCCACCAGGUGGUUUCUACCAAGAUCAACUAGGAAGUUAUACGCCAAACCAAUUACAUUACGAUGGUAACUGUAAGAGAUGUCCAAAUGGAACGUAUUCACCAAGAGCUGGUGCUGGCUCCAUCGCUGAUUGUCAAACUUGUCCAGCUGGAACAAAGACAGACCAAUUGGCGAAUCUUAAUGCUUGCGAUUGUCUUAAGGAUUUCCAUCGAACUGAACGAUAUGGCUCAUGCCAACUUUGCCCUGAAGGUGUCAACUGCACAAAAGGUUUUCAGACAUUGAUUGAUGGUUACUGGUGGUGUUGGGACUUCCCAGCAAAUUUUGGGGGUAUCAAGGAAUAUAACAAAUUUGUUGAACAGAUGAGUAGAAAUAUCGUUAAUAUAAGAAAUCCAGAUGACUUGAAGAAUACCAAAUACAAUGGGAUAUUACCCGCAUGCCAUAAAUGCCCACGAUCAAAAAGUUGCAAUGGCGGCAGUAUCAAUGCCAGCUGUUCGGAGGGUUAUUCUGGCUGGUUAUGUGCAGCAUGCAGUCCUAAAUAUUACGAAUUAUUCAACAAUUGCUAUAAAUGCCAACAUACUGCUGUUAUCAUCAUUGAAUUUGUUGUAGUCAUGGUCGUAUUCUCAGGUAUUGGAUAUGUAGUGUGGAAAUUGGAAAAACAAGGAAGAGGUAGAAAUAGGCCUAUAAACCACAUGGAUUCUUUUGUGACACAUAUAAAGAUCGCUAUUAAUUUUUAUCAAAUUCUUGGAAUACUAGCUCAAGUGAAUGAAAUUCAUUGGCCGAAUGAUUUCCAAUCAGUUGGAGAAAGUCUUCAAUAUCUAGACGUUAUACGAUUUAUCAAUAUUCUAAGCCCAAAAUGUAUAUUUUCCAAUUCUUGGAACGCGUAUAUGCUUCUCUAUAUUGCAAUAGCCACACCCUUCAUCAUUAUGUUUUUGACAGCUGGUGCAUUCUUUACUUGGCACGUCGUCAAUCGAUGUAGGGGCGAUUACUCAGUCUAUCAUCUUAAAGAUAAAUGCUUGUCCAUCGCAGUUACGAUGUUGUACUUGACCUACGCAAACACUUGCUCCAACAUCAUGGCGGUAGGACCGUGGUCUAUCCGUACAUUUGAUGUAACAGCAGAUGGGAAAUACACAAAGCAAGUAUUAACCUCUGACUACUCCAUCGACGUGAGUUUCCACAAUGGUUCAGUGUAUAAUACCAACAAGAACAUUGUUUAUUGUUCUUUGCUUUACGUGGUCGGAUUUCCAUUUGCUGUUGUCAUCAUAUUAUACUAUAAAUACAUACGGCACAGACGCAUUGAAGAUGGACGACAUAGAAUUAUGGGAUUGAAAUUCUUCUGUAGGCAAUACAGCGGCAAGUUCUGGUAUUGGGAAAUAUUUGAGAUGUACAACAAGGCAAUUCUCGCUCUCAUCGCCAACUUUAAGGACGACCAAUCUUCAAACAUGUCUUAUUCGCUAUUCGUCACAGUCAUUCUCAUUGCUUUACACCUGUACCUUGAACCAAUGAAGGUUAAAUCAGAUCAGAGGUUCCAGUUGUUGACAUUGAUGUUUAUAAUUGUCAACUUGUCGGUUGGCGCGAUUGUUGAAUUGGAUGAGACAUUGUACACUGCAGACGACACGAUUGCUGUACUUCAUGAUAUUACACCGUUCAUUCUUCUGCUUCUCAACUUAUCUAUACUGUUCAUGGUUUUCGUUGAUUUACUCAAGAAUAUCAAAGAAAAUAUCUGGGAAGAACUCCACGAUUACCACAGUGAACUGACAAAUUUGCCCAGUUAUUCAGAUUUGGAUGUUGAUAACCGUCAAGCAGAAGUUACAUUGCUAAACGCGGCAUCUUCUGGCAACUCAUCAACAUCACGGGAUAUGAUCACACUCCCACGCUAAAACUAAUAGAUAUGGGAACAAUGCAAUUCCUUUUCUCAUCCGUUGCCUUAACGAGAGAUGCUGAGAAUUAGAUUGCUAGAAAAUACGCGUUAAACUGAUAUUGCCUAUAUAACAUUGGCAAAUGUUUUAUUUUUAUUGAGGCUGGUCCAUAAUUUAUAUUUAAAAACAUGAUGCCUAUUUUAUAUACUUUGUAUUUGAAUAUAAAUAAUAAUAAAUUAAAUAAUUAUUUUACUAACCUGUAUAUAUAAUUAGUAUCUAUAAUGUCUAGUUGUGUAGUUGUGUUUUUAAUUACUGUCUUGAAAUAAUUUUUAUAUUGUAAAUUUUACAUUUUGUAACACCAUGUAAUUCAGCUAAUUGGUUUGUUGAAAUAAAAGAUAAAGAUAAAGAUAAAGAAAUAUGUAUAUAUAUAUAUAUAUAUAUAUAUAUAUUUAUAUAAUGAUUGAUGAUUAUUAUAAUAUAUAUAUGUAUGUGUGUGUAUAUAUGAUGUAUAUAUAUAUACUGUAUGUGUGUAUAUAUACAUAUAUAUAUAUUCUAAUCUGCAGACAGUGCCGUUUCGAUCUUGUUAGAUCUCAUCAGUGCAGCUCAGGAUUUUUAAGAAUGAAACACACCACUGACUCAAACAUAGCUUGGGUCAGUCUUGUGUGACGUGGUACACUGAUUAUGAAUACAAGAGUGCACAAACCCAAUAAUGAGUGUGCUAUGCAAAUUGCAAAAUAGUAAACAUAAACAAUGCACCAUCUUAAAAUAAGAGUGCUCUACAAAACAAUGUACUACCUUAAUAGUACAAUGUAAGGAGCGUAAAUAUUCCAAUCUGCAUAUAUAUACAUUUUCGUAUAUGUGUAUAUAUACACAAAUGUAUAUACAUAUACAUUCUCAUAUAUAUGUAUAUAUAUAUAUAUACA